UGCUCCUGCCGCGCUGCAAAUCUCUGCCAAUUCUCACCGUAGAGGUAGCGGAAGGAAGUCGAAGGAGGGAACGAAAAUGAGCCGCGGAGCAGCAGGUGGUGCCGCCGGCGCCAAGGGCAAGAAGAAGGGAGUUACCUUCACCAUCGACUGCGGUAAGCCCGUCGAGGACAAGAUCAUGGACAUCGCCUCACUCGAGAAGUUCCUCCAGGAGCGCAUCAAGGUCGGGGGCAAGGCCGGAGCUCUCGGCGACGCCGUCGUCAUCACCCGCGAGAAGUCGAAGAUCACAGUCACCUCUGAUUCCAACUUCUCCAAGAGGGUACCUGAAGUACUUGACGAAGAAGUACUUGAAGAAGCACAAUGUUAGGGAUUGGCUUCGUGUGAUCGCUUCCAACAAGGACCGUUCCAUCUACGAGCUGAGAUACUUUAAUAUUGCCGAGAACGAAGGCGAGGAGGAAGAUUGAGAGUUAUCUCUGUAAUCGUUUCUGCCCAAUCGAGAAUCUUAGUUUUGAUUUGCAUUUAGGGUUUAUGUGAAAGUCUUGAAAUUUGUGAGUUUUGCCGAGUUCUAUCUAUAUCACAGUUUGCCUUGGUUGACAAUUUUGUGCUUAAGAACCCGAAUUUCUUCAAUGAUGUGCCUGCUUACAUUUGGGUGAAGUUUUAUCUUUCUACCAUUUUGUUGACACAAUAUUAGCUUUUCCAGAUUUCUACAGUUUCUGGUAUUGCUACUGGAUCCAUUUGAAUCUCUUAUGUCCAUGUUUCGUC